AUGAGGCUGCUGCCGCUUAUCGCGUUCUUCGUUCCAUUUACAUUCGCAGAUCCAAAUACGAAGCGAUGGGUCCACAGGGUGAAGGAGACUUUCGAUGCACCAAGGGGAUGGACAAAACACAGUCUGCCUUCUCCGAACCAUAUGAUCGAGCUCCAGAUUGGUCUUCGCCAACCAAACUUUCACAUUCUCGAACAGCACCUCUGGGAAGUCAGUGAUCCUGACCACCCCCGAUACGGUCAGCAUCUUUUUAAAGAUGAGGUCGACGCGUUGGUCGCCCCCGACGACGAAGGUCUUGAACUUGUACAUGAAUGGCUUUCUUCGUACGGCGUCGAUAAAAACGACAUAACUAGGUCGUCGGCACAAGACUGGGUCAGAGUUACGCUACCAUUGCAGUUGGUCGAAGAAAUGCUGGACACAUCCUACCACGUCUGGCAACAUACUGAUGGAGACUACCUUGUCCGCACGACGCAUUACAGCCUGCCAGAACCCCUCCUGGACCACAUUGACGUUGUACAGCCUACAACGUUGUUUGGACGUUGGAAAGGCAUGAAAAGCACCGUUCUUGAUUUCGAGGAUUUCGACCUAGGGAACGUUGCCAAUACGGCCAAAUUCGACAGUGAAGCCGACUUCGUCGAUCCGACUUGUAACAUCUCCAUCACCGUUAGCUGUCUAAAACAGCUCUACAAUGCUAUCGGCUAUGUUCCCUCUGAUUGUAAUAACUAUAGCACCAUUGGCGUCACCGCAUACCUUGAGCAGUAUGCGAAUGAAGCUGACUUACAGUUGUUUUAUCACGACCAGGUUCCUGAGGCCGUUGGUUCCACCUUCGAUUUCAUUUCGGUGAAGGGUGGUCUCAACGACCAGAACAUUAGCUUGGCUGGUGUGGAGGCCAAUCUCGAUGUUCAAUUCGCGUUCGGACUUGCCUUUCCUAUCCCUAGAACUUUUUAUUCGACUGCUGGUCGUCCACCUUUCAUCCCGGAUGCGACUUCCACAGAGAAUACCAAUGAACCGUAUAACGAUUGGCUUGAUUUUGUCCUGUCGCACCCUGACCCUCCGAGAGUCAUCUCCACUAGUUAUGGAGAGGCCGAGCAAACGGUACCAGAAAGUUAUGCUCGUCGCGCAUGCCAAGGCUUCGCUCAACUUGGCGCUCGCGGUGUUACCAUGACCUUCCCCAGUGGCGAUGGAGGUGUAGGAGACGGUAACCCAGAUCCCGCGACCCAACAAUGCCAGACCAAUGACGGCCAGAACAGGACCCAGUUCAUGCCUUCUUUCCCGGCCGGAUGUCCAUACGUGACUGCAAUCGGAGCAACUGUGAACGUCCCCGAGAUAGCCGUAGACUUCUCUGGCGGUGGAUUUAGCAACUACUUCCCGCGUCCUUCAUACCAAGAUGCAGUCAUCGAAGCUUACUUGAAAACUAUACCAGAAGGUACUUACGAGGGUCUAUUCAACAGAUCAGGACGGGGAUUCCCAGAUAUAGCUGCCCAAGGGAGUCGUUUCCGAGUGUGGUACCAAAACACGUCUAUCUCCGUCAGUGGCACCUCCGCGUCAUCGCCUACCGCAGCGGGUAUUUUCGCAUUGUUGAAUGAUGCUCGGCUCUCCAAAGGCUUGCCGACCCUGGGAUUCGUUAAUCCUUUAUUGUACAAGGGCAAGGUCAGCGCGACAUUUAAUGACAUCACUGUGGGGAACAACCCUGGAUGCGGAACUCCUGGAUUCAAUGCUACCAAAGGUUGGGAUCCUAUAACUGGCUUUGGAACGCCUAACUUUGGACGGUUGAAAGAAUUGCUUGCUCCUUAA